CAUUAUUAGAUCUUCGCUUCCCACAAUCAGGAACCAACCCUGUAAUCGCAAAACAGAGAUAACCCAAAAGCGAAACCCUAGUCCCCUCUCUUUCCUCUAUCGACUUUAAGUUCAGUUUGAUUUUCGAACCCUCUCUCAAUCUCACUGCAUACGUAUAUGUUUAUGUGAAAAAAGAGAGAUUUAGAGAUUUGUAGAAUAUGGCUACGGAGAAUAGUGCCAAUACGGCGUCGACUUCGAGAUCGAAUUCGACGGCAGAUUCGUACAUAGGAAGCUUGAUAAGCUUAACUUCCAAAAGUGAGAUCAGAUAUGAAGGCGUUCUCUACAAUAUUAACACCGAGGAGUCCAGUAUCGGUUUGAAAAACGUGCGGUCAUUUGGAACAGAAGGGCGGAAGAAAGAUGGGCCGCAAAUCCCACCUAGUGACAAAGUUUAUGAGUACAUAUUGUUUCGUGGAAGUGACAUCAAGGAUUUACAGGUUAAGUCUUCUCCCCCUGCUCAACCUACACCCACACCACCUAUAAACAAUGAUCCUGCUAUCAUACAGUCUCACUAUCCCCGCCCAGUUGCUACAUCUGCAAGCUUGCCACCAGCUGUUAGUGGGUCUCUGAGUGAUAUUGGACCCCAUAAUGCACAAAUAGGAUUAACUGGGUCUAAUUUUCAAGGUGGCUUGCCUUUAUAUCAACCCGGAGGGAAUAUAGGAACAUGGGGGGCUUCACCUCCUCCACCAAGUGCAAAUGGCAAUGGGCUUGCUAUGCCAAUGUAUUGGCAAGGUUAUUAUGCCCCUCCAAAUGGGCUCCCUCAUUUACACCAGCAAUCUUUGCUUCGACCGCCACCUGGGCUAUCAAUGCCUCCUCCCAUACAGCAACCAAUGCAGUAUUCCAGUUACAAUGCACCUUUGCAUACUGGAGCUCCGAACUUGCCAGGUCCAAACUUGCCAACUUCCAACCUACCAGUUCCAAACUUGCCGACUUCCAACCUACCAGCUUCAAACUUGCCGACUACCAACCUACCAGCUUCAAACUUGCCGACUACCAACCUACUAGCUUCAAACUUGCCAGUUCCCUUACCCGAUAUUCCAUCUCCUUUGCUUUCUGCUAGUACUGGUUCCCUUAAUUUAGCAUCCACUUCUUCAGCACCAUCAACUUUGCCUGCAACUUUACCUUCAACUUUACCCUCAGUGCAUUCUGCAUCUUUGGCUUCUGAAACAAUACCAAGUCUGGUUCCUAAUAAGACUCCUAGUUCCACACUUCCUGCAGCAAAUUUAAGUCCUAGCUUGCCGGCACUAUCUCCCUUGACUUCGUCUGGCCCAGAAUUAAAUACCAUUAUACCACCACUAUCUAACAAGUCUAAUGCAAUUUCUGGUCCAACAGUGCCAUAUCAGAGCAUUGCACAACCUACAGCCUUGGUUGUGCCGUCAAAUUCUCUUCGUACAGAAGCACCCACACCUUCAUUGGUAACCCCAGGCCAGCUAUUGCAGUCGGGACCUACCACAGUCACUACGUUGCAACCUGUGCAAACAGUUCAUAAGGAUGUAGAGGUUGUUCAAGUAUCAUCUACAUCUUCAACAGAGCCAUCGGUGCCUGUUGUUACAGAAGCUCAGCCACCAAUACUCCCAUUGCCUGUCCCAGCUCGGGCAAGUCAUAAGCCAAAUGGAGCUCCAUUCCAUUCCCGUCAAGGUUAUAGAGGGCGUGAAAGAGGAAGAGGAACUGGGAAUUCCCACCCUGUUACAAAAUUUACUGAGGAUUUUGAUUUUAUGGCGAUGAAUGAGAAAUUUAAGAAGGAUGAGGUGUGGGGUCAUCUAGGUAAGAGUAACAAAAAGGACAGAGAAGAUGGUAAAGCUAGUGAUGAAGAUGAUUCACAAGAAGAAGAUGAUGAUGAGUUAAAUAAGAUUGAUACCAAGCCUGUUUAUAACAAGGAUGACUUUUUUGAUACUCUCUCCUGCAAUGCACUUGAUCAUGACUCCCAGAAUGGGAGGCCUAAAUUCUCUGAGCAGCUGAAAAUAGACACUGAGACUUUUGGCGACUUUCCAAGGUACAGGGGAGGUCGAGGUGGCCAUGGGCCUCCACGUGGUGGCCGUUCUCGUGGAUCUUAUCAUGGAAGGGGGUAUGGCUAUAAUAACUAUGGCCAUGGUUAUGGCUAUGGCUAUGGCUAUGGCGGGAGGGGCCGAGGCAGGGGCAUGCCUAAUCGCUCAUCUUAGGCAGUCAUUGUGGUAUUUUAAAUUGUUAGUGAGGUAAUCUUAGAGCCCAAUUGCCUGGGAAGAAACAGACAAAAAUAGGGCUAUGCUCACAGUGUGUUUUUCUGUUUGUCUAGCGAAUAAAGGGUAGGAUGCGCACAGGUUUUUUUUUUCAUCUUGUUUAAUUUGUGUUCCCUUUUCAUUUAACAGUUCUAGUGGAGCUAAUGAAGAAGCAUUUUGUUUCA